CUGACCAUUGUUAUUGUUUUCGCUGGUAAACAUGGCCGAAUCGAAUCUUCAGGUAAAAUUGGAGCAGCAAAACAUCAAGGAACGUCUGAAUCUGCAUGUAAAGCGACGCCUGCAACAGGAUGCGGAGAUUCCUAUUGAAAGUCCGGAGCUAUUGCCAGGAGACUCAAGCAUAGCCACAAGUUCGAAGCGCAGCAAGGGAAAAGAGGUUCCAAAACAACGAAAGCCCUAUCAAAAACGGACGGAAAAGGCCAAGACGGAGACUGCAAAGUAUAAAAAGGGUGUACAGCUUGGCAGUCCAGCGGCGGAAGUUGAGCCCUUGGACGACCAGGAGCCGGAGGGCUGUUCUCCGGAGGCGUCGGAUGUGAAACCCUCAAGCAGGGAUCGUUACAAAAACUCCGACAUACUCAAUAUGGUGUUGAGCGUUAAAAAACGGGCUCUAAUGCAGGACCCCGAGGUUCAGGCAUUUUGGUCCCAAAUAAUGACGGCCAUAAAGAGUUGAUGCUGUUCUUUAACAUGUUUUAGUUAAUCUAUCUUCCGUCUUAAAAGUAUAAAAAGAGGUGAUGCCAAAAGCUGAUUUUUAAACCACUGGAGACUCCUACGUCACCCUGGAGAAUAUAUGCUUCAAAAUUUCUGGAACUGCUAUGUUCAUUUGUGCGCAGUCUCGCUCUCUAGUUUUCUCUUGAGAUCUCGCCGGCCGCCUGCGGACAGCUGCGAAGCACAGUUGCCAAUUUAGCUUUUGCUACGGUUUACUAUAAGUUAGCGAUUUAAAGUUCAAAUCUUUUAAA